CGCCGCAAGCGGAACUUCGUUACUCAGGUUUGCUACACUACUAGUAGUACACCUGCCCUUCUGGCUUCGCCUCUGGUAGCCGCCAGAGACAAUGCCGCCAUGGUUCAGCGCGCGCAGAUUGUGCUGAGCCGGUUGGAAAGUGAUAGAGGACGGCUUGAGGGCGGUGCCCUGGGUACGAUGAGCAAGAGCAGCGCAAGCAGCCCGCCCAAGGCUAUGCGGUCGAGUUCGACGUCAACGAUCACCCGAUUUCCUUCAGCAACUCCGUCCACACAGUCAGCACCGGUUGACUCUCCUCUCGAGUCGAGCGGCUCCAGGCGGCCCUCCAUCAUAAGCCGCCUGAAGUCGUCCAUCAGCACAUUUUCCACGGCCACUGGCGGUCCCCAGCGAUUAGCUGUCUCACCAGAAGAUUUCCUGAGUCUCCCGGAGUCUCCAGAGAAACGUUUCAUAGACUCGGUGGGUAUGGUCAUCCCCGGGGUAUGUGAUAGGAAGCAGUGCUCCCACCCGCUCGCACAUUUCGUCAUCAACUGGAGGCUCUGCAAUCCAAUCGAGUAUACCACGGCACUGGCUGACCAUGGAAUCACCUUCUCGGAUUACACCCUCCUCCUUGCCGCACUGGCCAAUUUUCUUGAAGACAUGCCUCCCGAGCCGAAGCCAAAGAAAUACAAAGUAGAAUCAGGAGAGCAGUUCGGGAAGAUAAAGCAGCAAGCGGCGCAGCUAGACCGACUCCUGCGGGACAUCACCCACAGCUGGCGGACUCGAGGAGUGCCAGUGAUGGUCUGCGUCCGAUCUUUCGCUCUCUUCACUCCCAAUCGCGUCUCGGAAUCCCACAUCCAAGUCCUCCACGUACCAUUCCCUCACGAGUCCUCGCCGCGCCCUUCCGAAGAGCGCAUAUCCUCCGAUCCCUUCGAGAUCCCAUCCCUAGCCCAAGAGCAAGACCAAAUCAGCGUCUCGACCCCCCACCGCAAGACCGGCAGCCAACCCCAAACUCCCGUCCCAACCGGCACCGCACUCUUCCACCACCACCACGUCCAACUCAAAGACCGCACCCGCCCCUGGCCCCUCUGGCCCAACGCGAUCCCCACCUCGAAACGCGGCCUCAUCGACGCCCAAGCCGACCGCUACGGCCUCGACCCCUACUUCCGCGGCUACAUGCGCGCCAACGUCGACUCGCGCACAAACUCGGUCAGCUACGCCAAAUUCAUGAUUGAGCGCGAGAACAACCCCUUCAUCAACUCCCGCCUCGACUACCUCGCCGCGCCCUCGCCCGCCAAACUCCUCCGCUCCAUGCUCGCGCGGCCUCGCUGCCCCCGCACCAUCUGGCACGAGCAGCUCAACGCCAGCCACGUCAACCGCGAGCGCUACGAGCAUAAUCGCCGGCUCGAGUGCCGCAGGACCGUGGAGUCGGGCUCGCGGCUGCGGAUCGUUAGUUUUGCGUUUAGACACCCGCUGUAUCCUCCUCACACCCCGGAAAUGACUGCCUUGGGUCUCAGCAAGGACGCGUACGAGAAUAUACUAUCGAGCAUCGAGGAGAUACGGAACCAUGAGCGUGUCACCACGUGGAAGUGUAUGCCGCACUUCAUGUGCAGCUUAUCCUUCCGCGGUCGUCGCAGCACCGAACAGGCGCUGGCAAAAGUCCGCGAAUACAUCCGCACGCUGAACAAACCGCAAGGAAAGGUGAUCUGGACGAUUGAGGAAAUCCCCGGAGUGUAUGACGGGCUGCCUUUCAGGAGCGGUAAGCAGUGGGAGAUUAGCGCGUGGAAUAAUGAGGAUCAACUUGAACAAGGAGUCUUUGAUACCCGACCACGCCUGGUGCAGUACUAGGCCGAAGCAAAAGUUCCAAAUCACAUGUUCCCCAACAUGGAGAGGGCUACCUCCAAGU